CGACCGACCGUCUGGUGGCAGAAGGCAGCGUCAGCUGGCGUGGAGAGAGGGACCGACGCGGUAAUCGCUCGCUGCCAUGGUCAGCUCGACGGUAAACCUCUCGACGGAGCUCGCUUAUUACCCGCUACGGGAAGAGAAACUUUGAGGUGUAAAGCCACAAAUCAUGGCGCUGGACGCUUGGAGCCCGCUGGUUUAAAGCGACACCGCGGAGGAGAAAGUAUCGACCUCACAGAGAAGCCACAGAGCAGAAGCGAUCUCUUUUUUUUUUCCCUCCUCCUUUUUCUUCUUCUUCGGGGGGAACGACGGCAUCCGGCCUGAGAAGAAGCAGCUCCGAGGUCGGGGACUCCGGUCGGAGACGCCUCCAUCGCUUCUGGCCGCCCCUUCCCGAGAGCUCCAUGGAGAAGAUGAAGCGCUUCAAGCGACGUCUGACGCAGACGCUGCGAGGCAGCCACACCAUCGACGAGUCUCUGUCCGAGCUGGCCGAGCAGAUCACCAUAGAGGAGAACGGACUGAAGGACAGCGAGCCCAUAGUGAGGAACGGCCGUCCUCCUUCGGCCCACAGCGUCCACUCCUUCCUCAACCAGUACACGGGCUCCUUUAAGAAGGCGCCCAUACGGAGGCCGCAGAGCGUCAUCGGAGGAGGCCUGGGUCUGGUCAUGCCUCGCAACGGCAGCCGUCUCGACAUCGUCCACGAGAACAUAAACAUGGGGUCCGACGGGGAGAGCGACCAGGCAUCGGGGACGUCCUCCGACGAGGUGCAGUCUCCCACGGGUGUCUGCCUGAGGAACAAAGGCAACAGACGCAUCUCUGCUCAGGACCUGAACAAACGUCUGUCUCUACCAGCCGAUAUCCGGAUACCCGACGGCUACCUGCAGAAGCUGCAGCUGAGCAGCCCGCCCUUCGAUCAGCCGCUGAGCCGACGUUCCCGCCGAGCAUCACUGUCAGAGAUCGGCUUCGGGAAGCUGGAGACGUACGUCAAGCUGGACAAACUGGGGGAGGGCACUUACGCAACCGUUUUCAAGGGGAGGAGUAAGCUGACGGACAACCUGGUGGCUCUGAAGGAGAUCCGCCUGGAGCACGAGGAGGGGGCGCCGUGCACGGCCAUCAGAGAAGUGUCUCUACUGAAGGACCUGAAACACGCCAACAUCGUCACGCUGCACGACAUCGUCCACACAGACAAGUCGCUCACGCUGGUGUUCGAGUACCUGGACAAAGACCUUAAGCAGUACAUGGACGACUGCGGCAGCAUCCUGAGCAUGCAGAAUGUUAAGAUCUUUCUGUUCCAGAUCCUGCGAGGCUUGGCCUACUGUCACAGACGGAAAGUUCUCCACAGAGACCUGAAGCCCCAGAAUCUGCUCAUCAAUGACCGGGGGGAACUCAAGCUGGCCGACUUUGGCCUGGCGAGGGCCAAGUCGGUGCCCACUAAGACGUACUCCAACGAGGUGGUAACGCUGUGGUAUCGGCCUCCGGACGUGCUGCUGGGCUCCUCCGAGUACUCCACGCAGAUAGACAUGUGGGGAGUGGGCUGCAUUUUCUACGAGAUGGCUGCCGGCAGGCCCCUGUUCCCCGGCUCCACAGUGGAGGAUGAGCUGCACCUCAUCUUCAGACUGUUAGGCACUCCUACCGAAGACAGCUGGCCUGGAAUAUCCUCCAUCGAUGAGUUCAGGUCCUACAAGUUCCCAAAGUACAAGCCCCAGCCUCUCAUCAACCACGCGCCCAGGCUGGAUAACGAUGGAAUCGAACUACUGACUUCAUUCCUAAAAUACGAAUCCAAAAAGAGGAUCUCCGCCGAUGAAGCAAUGAGGCAGCCGUACUUCAGGACCCUGGGGCCGCGCGUGCACACGCUGCCAGAGAACAUGUCCAUCUUUACACUGAAGGAGGUGCAGCUGCAGCGAGAUCCCGGCUACCGGAGCUCCUCGCACGUGGAGUCAGGCAACGGAAAGAACAGAAGACAAAGCAUGCUGUUUUAGAAAGCUCUGGACUGGACUGUUGUUUUAUCUUUGGACGAGAAGGAGCUCCAUGCAGACGGAUCGGUUCCCAGAGACGGACGGACGGACGGACGUGUUGAAACGAUCGUCAUCACCCCGCCGCGCCUCCAAAAUAGCGGGGAGACGUACCUGUCCACAGUACAGCCCCCCCACUCCUCCUCCUCCUCCUCCUCACUGCUCCAUGCUUCUCCUCCAGGUUUAGUCUGAGCCUGGCUCCAAUAAGAGACGUUUAUUUACUGUACAUUUAUAUUUAUUGAGAGACGAACUUGCUGCUAAAUCCAACUACUGUUUUGAAUCCUAACUGGCUCAGUCACUUUAAUGAAUACAUGCCAUGUGUAUAGAUUUUUAACUUUUUUGUCUCAUUUUUGAGUUUUGAAGUGGUGUAUAUAUUUUUUGUCUUUUAUUAGUUUCUUUUUUUUUAAUUUUUUUUUGCUCACGUUCGCUCCACCUUCAAAGCUCCUUGUUGUGCGUCUGCGGCUCGCGGACGCAGAGUGAUGUUUCUGUAGCAGCUCAGAGGUCACAUGUUCUGUCAUAAAUGGUGCUGCAUAAAUCAUCUGUGACCGUUUGCUCCCAAGACUUCGUGGGGCCACGUUACAUAAAGCAACCGAUCGCCCUCGACUGGAAGACGAUACGCGGGCAGUGCUGCAAAGCUCCUGGCGCAUCCUAGGAUGCUGGGGGGGGGGUCUCAGUCCUGGCCCAACAAACCAGAGCAGGGAUAAAGGAGUCGGGGAACGUGGGCGUUACUGGAGGGGGAACCUGAGCGGAAACACCUCAAUGUUCUACUUUAUUGUGGGAGUCCUGUGAGUUUCCGUUUGCUGCCUCCAUCUCCGUGCUUCAUGCCUGCUGUCGUUGUGCGACGAGGCACCAGGUCCGCCCCAGUGAGUCCGGUCUCACCUUCAGUCUACCAGUGUUACAUGUUUUCUAGGAUAUUCUUUAACUUUAGUUGUGAAUAACAGUGUGGGAUUUUGUUGCAGAUGUCCCUCCCCAUAUUUGACUCUUUUUUUUUUUUUUUUUUCCAGAGUAAAAGAAAUUAAAUUUAAAGUUUAAACAAA